AUGUUGCAGCCUGUUGAGGCUCCGGGCUAUGUGCUGUCCCAAGAUGAUCCAUAUCCCUCACAGCCUGCUGUUCCAAGAUCAUACCGCUUGCCUCCAGAUGGUGGCCCUAUGCCAGCUGGGGGUGUGGGUCAGCAACUGGCUGAGGAUAGUGUACCUUUGGCACUGCCUGUGCCACCACCUUACCUGCCACAGCCAGAGGACCUGCCAGAACCACAGCUGGUACCAGCCACUGCAUGGCGCUCAGAGCCUGAAUGGCGUGCACACAACUCACGGGUCAUGUCAGCUGCUGCUGCUGCCGUGCACACUGCCAACAUGUCGGACACGGCGACGCGCCAGUGCAUGGAGCGGUCGGCGGCGACGACGGACUCCUCGCAGCGGGCGUCCACGGAGCAGCUGCGGGCGCGCGCGCACUCGCUGCACUGCGCGCUGGGCGAGCUGUCGCGCGCAGCCGAGGCGGCGGCCGGCGAGCUGUCGCAGCUGCUGGCGACGCGCCGCCGCCUGCGCGCCGCGCUCGACGCCCUGCGGCUGCCCGCCUGCAUCGUCGCCGAGUGCCUCGACCGCCGCAGAGACCGGCCCGGCGCCGAGCUCGUCGCCGAUUGCGCCGACCGCGAGCUGCGCAAGGAGCAGGCGAUGCUGUCGGAGGCAGCAGCCGAGGAGCAGCGCCUGCUGGAGCAGCUGGAGAGCCAGAAGGCGUCCGUGAUGGCGGCCAAGGCGCGCCUGGAAGCGGACUGGAGCGACAAGCGGCAGGCGCACCACAUCGAGGCGGCCAACGUGGCGCUGCGCAACGCCUCGCGGGACCUCUGCUGGCGGCCGGGCGCCGUGCGGGAGCCUAUGGGGCAGACGGACGAGGCUUCGUGGGCGGCGAUGACGCGGGAGAACGUGUCGGUGGCGGCAGCCGGGGUGCGCCGCUCCGAGGAGCUGCGGGGGCGCGUCGACGCGACGCUGGCCGCCGUCAGCCGCGCGCUGCGAUCGCAGGCCGACGCCGCCGACGCCGCGCUGGCCGAGCGCGCCGCGCACACCGACCAGUGCGCCAGGGACAUGCACGCCGACCUGCUGCAGGUGCUGGAGCGGACGGCGGCCACGGAGCAGCAGAUCGCGGACGUGAAGCAGGCGCUGCGCAACCACGAGGUGGCGCUGCGGAAGGUGCAGACGCGCCUGCACGCGCGCCUUGCCAGGCCCGGCGCCGAGAACUGCCGCGACGCGCCGCAGGCCGCGCUGCUGGAGGAGGCGCGGCAGGUGCAGGAGAACGUGGGGGCGCAGCAGGUGGAGCUGCGCCGGGCGCAGGCGGCGCUGGCGGCGCUGGUGGCGCGCCGGGCCGCCCUGGAGCACGAGCUCGCCUGCAAGGAGCGCGCGCUCGCCCUGGACCGCCGCUGCCGCGCACUGCGCGCCGGCUACCCCUCCACCACCACCCUGGCCGGCUACUGA